GGCCAAGACCAUGCCCAAGCCGUAGAAUUUGCCGUCUGGAGGGAGUGCCACGCAUCCGGAGGUGCAGAAGCAGGUCGUGCAGCAUCCAGCUCGGCAUGUCGUCGUGUUCUGGAGACUGGCUGUGCCGUACCGCGGACAGCAUGUCUUGGGAGUGCGUGCGGAUGUCAUGCCAGCCAGUCAGAUGGCUUGUCACGCCCUUCACCGGCCACACGCCCCCUUUCGCCGCCACAACUAUUUGAUUCCCAUCCGCUGGGAACCUCGACCGUAAAAAUCCCAAAGGUUGAGCAGGGAACAAGGGCCCUCGAUUCUCAUGGUUGGGGCCCUGCUCGCUGGCUGCCACGCUCUCGUGGCUGUGGCUCUCUGAGUCUUUGCUUUCUCAACUGCGGUGGUCGACGGUCCGCUGCUGCUAGCUACCUACCUUCGUACGCGGCUUUGCUCGCUGGCCAGGCCUGCACAACCAUGACCGCCGCCUUUGUUAUUAACCAGCUCUUCAGUACGGAGCGCUCACGUCCUCGAAAAGACUAG